AUGGUCACAGCUGUGCUCCUUCUAGCAAUCACGGUCACACCGGCCCUUCUCUGCCUGCCCCAGUUUCCAUCUGACCAAGUUGUGGCCAUCCCUUGCACUUGCAGUUGUUACCCAGGUUGGCACUGCCUCAUGAUCGCGUGUGCCCUUCUGGGCCAGCGCGAGUUUCAGAAUGUGUCAGUUGCUAAUACAACUGCAGCUGUAGACAGACAGAAAUAUGUUCAAAACGUGAGUUCUAAACUUCCUACACACCUGAAACCAAUCACUCGCGUCCUGGUGGAGAACGACGGAGCCAAUGGGAAUGCUCGUUGCGGCAGCUGCCGGCCCGGAGCGCCGGGAGGCGGUGCAGGGGGCGGGGUACGGGUUGAGGGGUUAGGUGCCUUAUGGAGUGAGGAGCGGGCAGAAGAGGCGGCGGCGACGGCGUUUGCGGUGGCGCAGCUCCGCGUUCAUCCAGGCACUUCGAGGCCCUUUCCCCUUACCAGGUCCCCAGAAGCAGGGAUCCCGGCCCUUCCUGCAGUUGCCGGGCUCUUCUGCGCGUGUAGCCCCGCGGAUCUGCGUGAUCCCGGCGGCUGCCCCUUUCCCCUGUCAGCGCGAUGCCCGGGGCGGCGGCGGCGGCGGCUCCGGGCUCCUCGCGGCCCCGGCCGUGACCGCCACACCGAGCCCGGUCGGGCGGUUGGGGCCGUGGGACGUUUGUUUUCGCAGCCUUCCCCUCCCCCGCUCGCUGAGGCGGCGGGGACCGCCGGGAGCGGGAACGGUGCGGGCGGCGGCGGCGUGAGCUGCGCCCCGGUUGCGGGAGCCGGCCGGCUGCUGCAGCCCAUCCGCGCCACGGUGCCCUACCAGCUCCUGCGGGGCAGCCAGCACAGUCCCACGCGCCCGCCCGCCGCCGCCGCCUCGCUGGGCAGCCUCCCGGGGCCCGGUGCGGCCCGCGGCCCCAGCCCGCCUAGCCCGACGCCGCCGCCGACCUCAGCCCCGACCGAACAGGCGCCGCGGGCCAAGGGCCGCCCGAGACGGUCCCCAGAGAGCCACCGGAGGAGCAACUCACCUGAGCGACGGAGCCCCGGCUCGCCCGUGUGCAGAGUGGACAGGCCAAAAUCUCAUCAAGUUCGAACCUCUGGUACAAUAAGGCGAACCUCUUCUUUGGAUACGAUAACAGGACCUUAUCUCACAGGACAGUGGCCACGAGAUCCUCAUGUUCAUUACCCUUCAUGCAUGAAAGAUAAAGCUACUCAGACACCUAGCUGUUGGGUAGAAGAAGGCACAGAAAAGAGGUCACAUCAGCGUUCUGCAUCAUGGGGGAGUGCUGAUCAACUAAAAGAGCAGAUUGCCAAACUGAGGCAGCAACUACAACGUAGUAAGCAGAGCAGUCGGCACAGUAAGGAGAAGGAUCGUCAGUCACCUCUCCAUGGCAACCAUAUAGCAAUCAAUCACACUCAGGCUACUGGAUCAAGAUCAGUCCCUAUGCCACUGUCAAAUGUAUCAGUGCCAAAAUCAUCUGUUUCACGUGUGCCCUGCAAUGUAGAAGGAAUAAGUCCCGAAUUAGAAAAGGUAUUCAUUAAAGAAAAUAAUGGGAAAGAGGAAGUGUCCAAGCCUUUGGAUAUCCCGGAUGGUCGGAGAGCCCCCCUCCCUGCUCACUACCGGAGCAGCAGCACUCGCAGCAUCGACACGCAGACCCCCUCUGUGCAGGAGCGCAGCAGUAGUUGCAGCAGUCACUCCCCCUGUGUCUCCCCCUUCUGUCCCCCGGAAUCCCAGGACGGUAGCCCUUGCUCAACAGAAGAUUUACUCUAUGAUCGUGAUAAAGACAGUGGGAGUAGCUCACCGUUACCCAAGUAUGCUUCAUCUCCCAAACCAAACAACAGCUACAUGUUCAAACGGGAGCCCCCAGAGGGAUGUGAGCGAGUGAAGGUCUUUGAGGAAAUGGCGUCUCGCCAGCCUAUCGCAGCCCCUCUCUUUUCAUGUCCUGACAAAAACAAGGUUAAUUUCAUCCCAACCGGAUCAGCUUUCUGUCCUGUAAAACUUCUCGGCCCUCUCCUACCUGCCUCUGACCUGAUGCUCAAGAACUCUCCUAACUCUGGCCAGAGCUCAGCUCUGGCCACCCUGACCGUGGAGCAGCUCUCCUCCCGGGUUUCCUUUACGUCUCUUUCUGAUGACACCAGCGUGACGGGCUCCACAGAGGCCUCUGUCCAACAGCCAUCCCAGCAGCCGCAGCAGCUCCUGCAGGAACUGCAGGGCGAGGAGCACAUCUCCGCUCAGAACUACGUGAUCAUCUAA